GCAGUAGGUUACUCGGAUCAAUUUCACGUCGUGGAUCGGAAGUACAACUUUUACCUCUUCCUAUCAGUUAAACCUAAAAUGGCGGCGCGCAUCGCACCAUUUGCACCGUGAAGAUAACUGCAUGUUGUGUGCUGUGGGCUGACCGCUAAGCGGUGGACAGAGACGGAAAGACGACAGACAGACGGACGGAAGGCAUUCCAGACCAGCUCCCAGCAUGUCCAAGAUCGCCAGGGCAGCCAAAGCGGUGAAGAAGGUCGACCCCGGGAAUGUGAUUCGGGCCAUCGUGCGAUCGGGACAGGCCGCUCCUGGACCCCCCCUCGGCCCCGUCCUGGGACAGAGGGGCAUUCCGAUUGGCCAGUUCUGUAAGGACUUCAAUGAGAAAACGAAGGACCUGAAAGAGGGCAUCCCUCUUCCCAUCAGGAUACACGUCAAGCCCGAUAGGACGUACGACUUGAAGAUCAAUCAGCCAACCGUGUCUUACUUCCUGAAAGCGGCUGCGGGCAUUGAAAGAGGCGCUGGUAAAACAGGCCACGAAAUCGCCGGCAUGGUGUCCGUGAGGGCCGUGUACGAGAUCGCCCAAAUCAAGGCGGCGGACGAGAGCUUCCGGCUGCAGAACGCCUCCCUGGAGACGGUCGUCAAGUGCAUCGUCGGCUCCGCCCGUUCGCUGGGCAUCAGGGUCGUUAACGAUCUUUCGGCGGAGGAGUACGGGCAGUUUCUGCAGGAGAGGGAGGCGCGGAUUCUGGCUGAGCAAGCCGCCGCCGCCGCCGAGGCAGCCGCCGCCAAGAAGAAGUGAACACGCGAGCGCACACACACACACACACACACACACAUGUGCUGCUCACACAGACACACACGCACACACACAUGCUGCUCACACACACACACACACACACACACGCACAUACGCACACAUACGCACACACACACAGACACACACGCGUGCUGCUCACACAGACACACACACACACACACACACACACACACACAUGCUGCUCACACACACACGCACAUACGUGUGCCGCUCACACAGACACACACACACGCAUGCUGCUCACACACACACACACACACACACACACACACGUGUGCUGCUCAUGCACCUCCGUGCUGUCACAACGUACCGCAUUCGACUUUGGACUCUCUGUCUCACGCAUCUGUCCCAUUGAUUAUUAAUUUUUCUCAUUAUUUUCAAAUUUGGAGUGGGCAGCUCGAUCACUGCAGUCCUCCGGGUGAAGUAAGGAAAGCUGAACGCUCGCACCCGUGUCCUCAGAACUGCGUACAGCCCGCUCUGCAGUCCAGCAGUAGAGCCUGCACACUGUUGGGUUCAGAGCUACACAAGUCAUGGAACAGGCACUGGUUAGAGCACAGGUCCUUGUGCGGUUAGGUGGGGACUCCCCUGGUGUAUAAAACCCUCCCUCCCUUGGUCAGGCUACACACCAUGACACUGCUGGGCACGGUUGGCAUUAGCUUGAUAAAGGUUUGAUUUGGGACUGUGACCAAGGAUCUAACAUUUUAGCUGGACUUUCCAACUGCGCGCCCUGUUUGUCAUGCUCAACUGGAAUCGGGUUGGUUUUUACAGAUUCGGGUGUUGGUUAAGUUCAAGCUUGCAACAGUGAUGGGUCCUUUUCUUUAAAUAUGGAAUUGUUAGCUUGUGAAGGGAUUGGUUAAAUAAUUAAUUGUAUUAUUACAGCGAUGGUAAGUACAAGCAAACCAUCCAGAAAUAAACGCUGCCUUUUUUUCCCCAAAGGGGACCGCCCCAUUUCUGUUGGAAUCAGUCCAAAAGUUUUGUGCCCCCUGGAGUCAAAACAGUGAAAUCUGAAAUGAAGGGCUCGUAUCUUUCCUGGCUGCUCUUAUCAAUAAUAAGAGUUUUAUCUCCUGCUAAUGACGAAGUCCAGGUGUCAUUCAAAAGGGAGCAGCGUGGUUCAUUAGACGGUCCCUAAAUGGUGUUUACUUGGCAGAAUCUGUGCUCCAGUGAUGGGCAAUCUGUAUGAAUUGGCUGUACUGUUGACCCUGGAAAAUGAAGAAUAAAUAAAUAAUUAAAGGAUAA